AUGGCCCAAACCACCAUCCCUGUUGUGGACUUUGCCCGGUGGUCCUCCGACCAGUCCCAUCGUCAGCGCGUGGCACAGGACAUCGUCGCCGCGUGCAAGCAGGUCGGGUUUGUGUACAUCGUCAACCACUCGCUGCCCGAGACCCUACUGGAGGACGCAUUCCGCUGGUCAAGACUAUUUUUUGACCUGCCCGAAGCCGAAAAACGUAAAGCGCCUCAUCCGGAGGGAUGGGCAGUCCAUCGGGGCUAUUCUUGGCCGGGGCUGGAGAAAGUGUCACAGGCGAUGAGCGAGAAGGAUGACCAGGAACGGGCUGGGCAGUUGAGAGAAAUUCCCGAUGUCAAGGUGAAUAUUCCUUUUCACAAGGGUGAAAGCUACGACAUUGGCAGUGACGAGAACCCCAGCCAACCCAAUCAGUGGCUUCCCGAGGAUGCACUACCGGGGUUCCAGUCCUUCAUGUCCAGGUUCUACUGGGAGUGUUUCCGUGUGGGCGGCGAGAUCCUGCAGGCCCUCGCCAUCGGACUGGACUUGGAGGAUGAGAACUAUCUGUUGAAGAAGCAUUCGGGCCACAACAACCAGCUCCGUCUUCUACAUUACCCGCCCAUUCCAGCUGAGGCGCUCGAGACCGACCGAGUGGCUCGCUGUCCCGCUCAUACGGACUGGAGCUCCAUUACGCUGCUCUUUCAGGAUGACUGCGGUGGGCUCGAGGUCGAGGACGUUGCCUGCCUGGGGAAAUUUAUUCCUGCCACGCCGGUAAAGAAUGCAAUUGUGAUGAAUGUAGGGGAUCUCUUACAGAGAUGGAGCAACGGUGCGUGUCUCAUCUUCUUGUGA